AUCACAAUAUCCUCACCGCCAGUUUCUUCUUGACUUUUCCAGAAAUAUGACUGACAAAACAAAAACCCAGUUUCCCCCACCUCAGUCAACAGUAGCGAUCCCAAGUCCACAAGAACCUGGAUACAAGUUAACAGAUUCUGCUACAAAACAUGUAACCAGUAGAAGCAGAGUUCCGAUUAGCCCAGUGAAGAAACUAACCAAUGGACGUUCCUACCACCUCAUGUCUCCUAUCGACAGUGACCAGGAACUCAAUGAUCUAGAAGUGGCUACAGUCUUGGCUGAAGGAGAAUCUCAUGUGCAGAAAUACUCAGCAAUCAACAAAAACCGAAAGUCUGACCUAGCCAUCAAAGUGACCCCAUCACCAUUCAGGCCUUCUACUGUGAUCACCAACCUACAGCGUGGUAAUGUACAAACGACAACACCAUCAAUAUUUCAGAAUAUCAGUAUUCACCAGAAAGCUGCACAAGGAGAACUGGUUCUUCUCUGGCAGGAAUCCACUGACAAUCUCAACAUAAAUAAACCUGAUGAACAAGGUUUGACUGCUCUGCUGUGGGCUGCAGCCAAUGGUCAGUUAGCGACAGUGGAAUAUCUGCUGCAAAAUGGUGCUAAUCCAUAUGCACAGGGAAACAAGGGUGAAAAUGCCUUACUGUUUGCCUGUUGCUAUGGUUACAUUGAUAUAGUAAAACUACUUCUGAAACUUGGUAUGGAAGUGAACUAUGUAGACGAGAGUGGUAACACAGCAUUGAUGUAUGCUGUCAACAAUAACCAUGCCAGUUGUGUGAAGUUACUGCUAGAAGCAGGAGCUGAUCUUACCAUGGCAAAUGAAGAUCAACUGACUGCUAUGGAUUUAGCUGUCAGUCAUAAUCACAAAUCAGUUCAAAAUGUUAUUGAAAACCAUCUUCUGUCCAUAUUUGAAGGUGUUACAUCACCAAACACAUUAAAAUGAAUAUUAAUACUGCUAUAAAAACUAUCACAUUGGACAACAGUUCGGGGCGGUGCCCCAGCAUGACCAGUCUGAUGGCUGAAACAAGUAAAAGAUAAACAGUGAUGAUUUUUUUUUUAUAUCACCAUCUGAAAUGUUUCAUAAAUGUUGUUGGUAUUGCCUUCUCUUCUGUUGAUUUACAUCAGACACUAUGAUGGAUGUACCACAUUUCACAUUAUUUAUAGGACUUGUGUGGGAUUUUUCCAUCAGAACAUUGAGAUGGAACUAAAGACUAAAGUAUUUAUGUGUUCGAAUGCAUGGUAUUAAAUGGACUGAUACUUGUCAAUGUUUUAUAUUUAUAUUAAAUGUAUCCUGUCAUCAAAAUA